CCUUCAUUUUUUAAGAUGAAAAAAGACCAGACGUCUAUGAAAAAGACUAGUCUACUUCACAUGUUCAACGCCGGUGAAAAACCCAAACUCCAUAUCUUAUUUGUUAGUACAACUAUCGCCGUCUUCACCGUUAAAGCUCGAUUAUCUUCUAGGCUUUAACGUCCAUUACAAUCAGUCAAACACAAAAGCAAACCACCACGCGCCACCUCACGCGCCGCCUCCCCAUUCACUGAGAUCCGAAUAGUUGUAAGAAGAUGAUGGAACAGCCUGGCGCCGACCAGAAGACUGAUGCGACGAAACCGGAGUUGGAUCAGAGACCGGGGCAGGAUCCGGAAACGAAACCGGAUCGGAUCCAGGACGGCGGCGGUAGCGGUGAUAGAAGUAGCGAAUAUGAAGGUGGAAAUAACAAAUCACCGGUGGAUCAACGGUCGAAGAAAUCGGUGCAUUGGAGUGAGGAAUUGGUCUCAGAUUCUCCAUCUCCAUCUCCGAAGACUUAUGUUGCUGCACCGAGUCCUUACGCUGCUUCGUCUCCUCCGCCCUCAACGUCCUUAAAAAAUACGAUGGGUACUGUUCGAAAUGUGCUGGGGAGAUGGGGAAAAAAGGUUGGAGAAACAGCGAAGAAGGGUGGGGAUCUUGCAGGGAACACUUGGCAACACUUGAAAACAGCCCCUAGUUUCACUGAUGCUGCGAUGGGAAGAAUUGCACAGGGAACAAAGGUUCUUGCAGAAGGUGGUUAUGAGAAGAUAUUUCGACAAACUUUUGAGACAGUUCCAGAGGAGCAACUUCAAAAUUCAUAUGCAUGUUACUUAUCUACAUCAGCAGGUCCAGUCAUGGGAGUUUUAUAUGUAUCUACAGCAAAGCUUGCAUUUUGCAGUGACAAUCCACUUUCAUAUAAAUCUGGUGACAAGACUGAAUGGAGCUAUUAUAAGGUAGUUAUUCCGUUACACCAGCUUAAAGCAAUUAAUCCUUCUUCAAGCAGAGCUAAUGGCGCUGAAAAGUUCAUCCAAGUUAUCUCUGUUGAUAGCCAUGAAUUUUGGUAUAUGGGUUUUCUCAACUAUGAUGGGGCCGUGAAGUGCCUACAAGAAGCUUUGCAAGCCCACAACUUACAAUCUGUGUGAUAUUGGUAUCUCACUCCCAAACUUUAGCCUUUAUCAUGGGAUACACUUUAUGAAACGAAGAGGCUUAUCAUUAGCAUACAGCCAUUCUGUAAUGCCCUUGAAGCAUCUGCACUCAAAAAAUUAGAAUCUUUCUGUAUGGUUACAGAAAUGAAAUUGUGUUUAUAGAAUAUUUAUGGACACUUUGUUUGAACCGCCAAAGUACUCUUGUUUGUUCAGUUGACGUGGUUAUAACUUUCUAUACUAUCAUUCAUUUGGCAGCUUUACAUUGUAGCAAAUAUCUUGAAACACAGUUCUGAUCCUCAGACUUCUUAUCUAAAUGUUUUUGGCAUGGUUGAA